AUGUCAAAAUUCUUAAAUAAAGGACAAACAAAUACUAAACAAGAUGAUUUGUUUCAAGCUGUAAAAGAUGGCAACAUGACAAAUGUACAGAAUCUCAUAGAACAAGAUAAAGUAUCACCUGCUCAAAUGGACGAUGACGAUCGUACAUUAUUGCAUCUUGCAGCUGCAGCUGGUCAUGUUGCAAUUGCCAACUAUCUCAUUGUUAAACAUAACCUAUCUGUCAAUACUUCUGAUGAUGGUGGAUGGACUCCACUUUUAAGUGCUGCAAGUGCUGGACAUACAAAUAUGGUAAAGUUAUUAUUAGAAAAUAAUGCAGAUCCAAAUGUUGCAACUGAAUCAAAGAGAACACCAUUACAUUAUGCAUGUUCAAAGGGUAGAUCAGAUAUUGUUGAUUUGCUAUUAAAUGCAGGUGCCAAGAGUGUAAAGGAUGAGACUGGAUCAGCACCAAUUCAUAGAGCCGCUGCAAAUGGAAACCCAAAUGUCAUCACACGAUUGAUAAAGGCCGGACACAAUAUAAACUCUCAAAAUGCAGAAUUGGAUACUGCUGCUCAUAUCGCUGCUGUCUAUGGAAAUGAAGAGAUUAUCCAAGCACUUUUAUCCAACAAUGCCGAUUUUACUUUGGAGAAUAAAGAAUCAAAAACUCCUUCCCAAGUUUGUACUUCUGCUGGUAUCAAAUAUUUAAUUGAUGAAUAUUCCAAAAAAUAA